AGUUGAAAAUAUCCUUAGUUUAACUUAACCUGGAAAGAAGCAGGAAUCUUAAUCCUGUCUUAGCAUAUAAUCCUGCGUAACGAACAUAAUGAGUGCAACAACGAUCACAAGUAUCACAACAUCAGAGACUACGUCUCAGGUGCCCACAACUGUCCGAGAAACAGUUCCAGAGGAAGUACCAGAACCUAGUGAUGCUGCCCUCAAAUUCUUGGACAGUAUAGUUCCAGAGGAGGACUUUAAGUACUUGAUGUUUGAUGACAGUCUGUUGACGACUUCAUCAGACACAUACACCAGUGGUACAAAACAGGGAAGAGAACUGGGAGAAUUUACAGUAUCUGUGGAACCAACUCGUCACAAACAACAAGAUUGUUAUCUCAUACAUGCAAACAGUCAUGGUUCCAUAGAUGGUGUUCCAUGUGGUACAUCAAUCACUGCUUAUGUUGGACAAAACCUCGAGACAGUCGAACAGCAACAUCAUGAAUAUGUAAAGCUUGAAAACUGCCCUUUGGACAGGAAAACAUUUAUAGUGAGACAAGAGGAAGGCUACGUUGUUAACAGAGUAAUUACACAAGGAGAGGAUAUCCAAAGAUCAUCUAGAACCAUUGAAUUAUCAAAGAUGCGUGGAUUUAUAUCCGAGGGUUCCAAUUUAUUGCUACACCGACUUUUGAUAGAGAAAAACUUUCGCUCUGAAGACUUUCAACUACUGUCGUUUGAUUCGGACACAAACAUUUGUGCAGCUAUAUAUCGACCUUUGGAGGACAGGACUCAGACAGUUGACGGGACAGAAAUUCGAGUGUACGGGAUUGAAAGGACCAUCAACUCAGUAGUGGACCUCCCGACAACAUGGCAGUCAUAUUUCAUGCAGGACGGACAUUUAACAAAUCGUGUGCAGGUAGGAUCUCCAGUGACGAUGAAACUGGCACGAGUACCAAACCUAAUCAUGAGAGACGAGGAGCCACCUAAGCCAACAUUUGAGAAACGAUCCCUACAGUGGGAUGAAGAUAUGCAGCUAUAUUCAAAGUUCCUUGACAGGAAGGAGGAGCUAAAAGCGGACCAUGGAACUUAUGUGCGGCAUCAUCCAGAACUGAAAAACCUACUUGCAGAUUUUCUUCAGUUCUUACUUUUGCGUAAACCUGACGAUGUUGUACAGUUUGCUGCUGAAUAUUUCUCGGCGUUUUCUCCAGGAAUGCCUGAUGCUACACCUUACCUUGCUUCUAAUGCUCCAACACCUUUCCCAGCUAGUCGGACCAACACUAAAAUUGAUCAGCUCCGUGCACCAACUCGAUGAGGGCCAAUCUUCAGAUCGACUAAAUCUUUAUUCAUUUGUUGAAAUCUACAACUUUAUAAGUCUAACAGAAAAAUGUUUGAUUUAAAAACAGAUUUCAGUCAGAACUUAUAUUUAUUUUUGAAGAAUUUCUCCAUAUGAUCACAUCAUUAUUUUUGGAUGAAUUUGAACAUUUUGGACAUAUUUGAGAAUUCUUGAUUAAAUAA